AUGGCUGCACACAUGUGGAGAAUGAAUGGGCUCUGGGGAAGGAUGGCAGGAAUCCUGGUGCUCUGCACUCUGUUGCUCAGCAGUGAGUACUCCUCUAAUUAUCGCUUAUAGUAUCUGCUUUUAUGUGUUUAAUUCACUCCAAAAAGAAAGAUUGAAUUCGGCUGUUUCUUUGUUUAUCCCUCCAAAUUCCCUCCGUCAGAGUGUUUACAUCAACAGUAGUUUUUACAAACCACUCGGGGGGGGGGGGUUGCUUUGAUGUGCUCUAACUCGAGGUUUCACGCAGGGGCAUGGUUAGUGGCCGCAGACACAAAGAGUCUGCUCAGGAGUGGAAAGUUGCAGUUGAGGAUAAUUAUGCUUUACAUCCUGAAGUGCAUCUGGGUGGGGCUAAUAUGUGUUUGAAUGUGGGGUGAAGGAAUCCAAACCCCACACAGGCUGAAAAAAAACUAACUUCAUGACUUUAAAAACUACCUGGAAACUACUCCGGUUAGUCAAAAAGAGAUUUAAUGCACAUUGGAGUGUCUGAAAGCUGCAUUCAUGACUUAACUGAUGUGAAAAAUAGUGCCAUUAAUUAUGUUUCUACAUAGAUGUAAGAGGAUUUAGAGGGUGCGCCCAUUUAGUGCCAUGUUAUCUUGUGUUUUGCAAUUAUUAACCUCACAUUAUCAAGAUCCACCCUUCUUUUAUGGACGUUAUGUUAGUCCUCAUACCAUAAAUCAGUGCACUUUAAGUAGUUUUUAAGUGCUUAAUAGAUAAAGAAGAGAUUUUGUAGUUAGGACGAGUGCAAGUCUACAAAACAGUGAUUCAUUCCUACUCUAUGUGAAGUAAACAAGACCAGGACCCAUCCCACUUUAAUGAUCAUCCCUGUAAUGUUUAUGAUAUGAUUUUUGGUUUAAGGUGAAGAAACUCCAAGAAAUUUUAUCCCAGUUAGGGUUAGGGUUCUCCAAAGUUAUCAAGCAAGUUUGGGGACAAACAUCUGGCUCCACGGGAACAUUGAGGGGACCCGCCUUCCUUUUGGGACAAAUACUCAGAACUUUGGUUGAGGUUGAAGUUAGGCUGGGUCUCCAAGAAAGAGAUGCUAGACAAUGUUUGGUCCCCUGAAGAAUUGUAAACAAGAUUGUGUGUAUUUUGAGGGGGUAAAAAUCUAGUUGCACACUGACAUUGUAGGGUUACACCUUCCAUUUUGGGGCAAUUAUAUCAAGGUUUGGUCAAGAUAGCGGUGGUAAGAGUCAAGGUAAAAUAAGGUCUCCAGAAGGAAAAUGCCAGCCAAUGUGUGGUCCCCUUAAGAGCUGUAAACAAGAUCGUGUGUGCAUAUUAAUUUUAAUCGUUCAGGGUUUAUCCAUCUUCUUUUUAGGGACAAAAACAUCGAUGUUUAGUUACUGAAGAGGAGGUUAUACUCGGAGGAUUAGCAGGAUGGGAUGUUUGUAAAUAUAAGGUCCCCCUGAGAGACAUAAACAGAACUGUGUGGGUGUGUUUGAGCGUUUGAGCGUGUUUUGGGGACAAAAAUGGCUUUCCAUCCUCCCUUUGGAUACAAAUCCAUCAAGGUUUCGAUAAGGUCGUAAGGAGUUAUCGUCAAUGUUUGGCUACGUCUCUUGGGAGAGAAUAUAGGUCAAUUUAUGGUCCCCUGAUGAGACGUAAACACGACUCUGUGUGUAUCUGUGUGUUUGUGGACAGGCUGGGUCGUCCACUCCGAAUCACUCUGAGGGUUGAUGCUAAUUGCAGGGUGAUGUAUGGCUUGGACGGUGUUGCCGUCUCGCCGCUUGUAAAGCAGGACUACUUCUGCUUAAGCUCCUCGGUGUGACGACUUCUGCAGAAACUCCGUUUGGGGCUCUGCCAUGUACGGGCACGGGGGCUGUAAAUAUUUGGAGUGACCUCGGGAAGAUGAGGAGGAGGAUCCCAGACUGAUGAAAAUAACCAGACUUACUUUAAAAGGGAAAAAAAUCAUGAGGUGGCGGAACAUGUUGGUAGUUUGCGCAAUAAAAGCGCAACCGCAUAGCGUCUGCAUCAGCAGCUCAACAGACGGUAAUUAGAUUUACAUGGAAAUCUAAUCAUCACUCUGAAUACGCCCCACCAAGAAAUUUUAAUUCCCAACGAUAAAUGAGUGAUGCAUUCUUUAUUUAUUAUCAAACUCAUCCCUAUUUCCCAUUAAGAAGCUUUUCUUCUUAAAGGUUACACCCAUGCCUUCCUCGCCUUUUGCCGUAUUUGCAUUUCCUCCACACCAGCAGCAUUUUAACGAUGAAUAAUUUACAUUAGUACAAACUUUCUUGCCUCCUAUUUAGCAUACAGCUUCUGAUUUCUACUUAAGGAUCAUCACAUGGGUGUCGCCUCAACUCCCUGACCUCCUCCUCAGAUCUUUACCACAUCCAGCAGAAGUCCUCCUAUCGCACAGACCUGCUACAUGCUUGACGCUCAACUGGCGCCGUGGUGCGAAUGUGCAGAGGCAUGAUCGCAUAAAGCUCCAAAAAGCAACGUCGGAGCACAUUUUCGAUGCAUGCAGAUUUUUAUUGCAUCCACAUCCUGUCAGUGAUAUCGUGCUGAGUCGCUCAUCUGCAUUUCCGGGGCAGCUAUUUUUGUUUUUCAUUUCUGAUGCGUUUUGCGUCACCGACCGAGUCAUAAGACACAAUCUGUGUCCUCGUUGACAAUAUAUGAUUAUGUUUCUGCGGCGGUGUACGGGUCAGAGGUCUUGCCUGGGUGACCUGAAUAUUCAGUCAGACAUUUUUAAAGUUUCAUGCUUCAUUCUGGAUGCCUGUAUCCAAAUAAAGAGGCCUUUGUCGAGUCACUCUUUCCUGAUUAAUGCGGGGGAGUUUUACUGCUGCACAGCCUUGUUGUGUCUCGUUCCCAGUGUGAAAUCGUCCCGGAUCACGGGGCUCGAUCAAUGCCACAUUAGAUUUGGUGGCAGUGAUGUCAUGAGGGCAAACGGACAAGGCUGCUGACCGUAAGCCUGUCCUGCAACAAAGCAGAGAGGAUCUAUGAAGUCUUUAUCUACUUGUAAAGCAAAGAAACUCAUAAAGUGGCAUCGAAAUAAUGACACAUCAGAGUUUGCAAAGUUUUGCAAACAGUUAAUAUAGCUGCAAAUCAAAUCUGCAAAAAUUCAUCUUUGAGAGAGAAAAUGAGUCUCAAACAGACAAUCUGCAAUCCUUUCAUCUGCUUUCACAACAAAUGCACGUGUUUGCAAGAGUAGCCACAGUGCUCAUGGGAAAUGCAGUCCUCACAGUGUUUUUAAGCUUCAGCUGAGUGUGCAGAUUUCCUUGGAAGAUUGUCAGGCAUGCUCAGCAUCUUUUACAGUUUGGAAAAUAUUGUUUCUGACCAAAAACAGCCUUGUUGCCGAAUACAUUGCAAAGAAAAUCUACCUAAAUUUUUCAAAUACUCAACUUUGAGAACUUUGAUUUUUAAGGAGGGUCAGAUUGAAAUCAUAAAAGUCUUUCUAAAGUUGCGGCAAUUCCAGUGAUUCUGUAAUUUAGUCUAGAUGGUUAUCAAACUUGAUCUUCUUCUCGUCUUUGUGUUGCGUUAAAAUAAAACAUUUUUAAUAUCCCUGCUUGCCUGAAGUCUGUCCUUAUGCAACGGCAUGAGCAUUGUCAACAACUAAUCAGGGCUCUUUCUGGUACCAAGCAGGAAGCAAAACAAACAAACAAACAAAAAGCAAAUGCCCAUUCUGAGCAGUGGCACAAAUCACCUACUCUCUUCCAGCAGCCGCUUGUUUGUAGCGAGACCUCAGGCGUAUUGCUAUCAUGCGGUCGUCACUAAAGUUGGUAAAACUAGAGAGGCAAACGGUCGACAACAUUCAUCUCUGGAGGGAGUGUCUCACUCUGUGUUACGGUGUGUUUGACCCUAAAUUAAUUAUACGCCGGAAUAUCCCUUUAAAAGGUUCGUUAGCUAGCUGCAGUUCACUCUCAAGAGCUGCUCUAUUGUGGUACAAAAAUCCACUUUCCAGAUCUGGCUGCAUCGCUCCCUCUGUGUCUUCUCAUGCAUGCAUGUCUGCAUCAAGUAACCAAAGUUCUGCACCUUUAAAACUUCUAACAUCUGCAGAGGAGUUCAUAUUUUUAAAAGAGAGAGAGAGCAGUGAGUGAGAGGAGGGUGGGGACACAGGAUGAGAGACUUUGUUGUCCUUGGUUCGUAAAUGUGUUUAUCUUUACAAACAUUCCCGUCAGAUAUAAGCAGCCAUGACUCCCUGGCAAAGAGAUCCAGUUUAUGCUCUCGCUUCCCAUGGCUGUCAUUCAGAAGUUAUGCAGGCGUGCAAAUAUGCAGCGCUGCAAUGGGCAUGGGCUGCGAGUUAGAUGAUGUCAUUCAGCGCCUCUUGGAGUAUGUUAUAAACUCUCUCUAAAGAUUUCAGAGGGGGGAAAACCCGAGCUUUUUCAAUCUGCCCCGAAGAAAGGGAAAAACAUCUUGCAUUUCUCAUUCGGGCUUUUCAUCCAUUCUGACUUGUUUCUUUUGUGAUGGCGGGGGCCUCCAGGCGGAGCUGAACGAGCUGUGACAAUUGCUGUUAGAAUCCAACCACAUUAAACCAAGAUGUUUGCUCGCGGUUGGGAGAUUCCAAAUUUGCUGUGCAUGUUUCCCUUCAUGCAAAAAAAUAAUCUAUGCUUUGUAGAAAUCCUAAGAAAUCCUGACAUCAUGCAGACCAUUCAGGAUCAGACGAACCGGACUGAGCGAAUGCAGAAGAUAGAAAAAGACAGAAGACCUUUAAGACUAAUUGAUUUUUAUAGAAAAUGUCACUUUCAGGAUAAAUAUCCAGCAUUGCAAAGUUUUUAUCUUUCUCUUUCCAACACAAACAUAUUGCCGCUCUGUUUCCCAUGGCCUUCAGCGAUCAUCCAGCAUUCCUCCCAUCCCAAGCUGUGAUGUUAAAGUCGGAUUCACGUCAUCCUCAGGAGGGCGUGGGCCUCCCUUUACGUAAGCCUUUGGCAGAUAGCGCUCUUAUGUCAGUGCAGGGUGUGUGUGUCCACUCGGGCCUUAAGCGAUGGCUGAAGAGCCACGUGAGCCGGCUGAGUAAUUAAACCUGGAGACUGUGUUCUGUCAGAGCGCCAACGCUUCGCUGAUUCCCGCGCGUGAGCGAGCCGAAAUCAUUAAAACCGUUUUAAACAAACCGGUGUCCGCUCUGUUCGCUCCUCCGCUAACAAGUACAAUCACAACAACAAUGAAAGAGCUUUUUUAGGUGUUUUUCUCUCUAAAUUAUCUCCAAUUUACUCCAAGAAAAACACUUUAGUCGUAUGAAAACAAAGCCACCGCCGCUGCCGACUAAAUGAUCAUCCAGGAGAAGGAGUUGACUCGGAGAAAUAGAUUGUCUAGCAACAAUAUUUACCUAGUGGAACAGUCUUAAUGAGAAGCAGACGCCGAGUUAGCGUUCAAAUCUUCCUUUUCCAAUUACUGCUGUUCUGGUGAGCUUAUUGUUCCUUGUUCCCCUGGCGCCCUGCUGCACUUUUACAGCUGUUGCUUUUUACCAGCAUAUAGGCGGUAUUAGAAAAAAAAAAAAGAAAGAAAGAGAGAAAAACCUCUUCUCUGGUUUCUGCAGUCCCUGAAAAUUUGGCGGGACAAGCAGCAGCGAGGCGGAGAAACUCCAGAUAUGGCCGCUCAGAUUGAAAUCACCCCCAUGCUCGGCUCUAAUGAGGAGCCUGAAGAUCUCUGCAGAUUCCAAAACAAGAACUUGGACGUCCUCUGUGCUCAUUGUGUCAUCUGUGCUUUUUCACGCUGGCUCGUUGAUCCUUCGCGCGCUGAUUGAUCCAAGAUUAUGACGACGUAAAGCCGAACACCAGCGAAAAAAGAAGAAACCAGGCAGGGGUUUUAGCCAGGGAGGGGGGGAUUCUGUUUACCUAAGGGGAGAGAGCACCUAAUGGGCCUUUAGACCGCCAGAAUAAUUGCUCCUGGUAAAUAAUGCGCAGUAAAAGGCCAGGCUUUACUCUGCUUAAUUGAAAACACAAGACUGUGCUUCUCGUCUUCCUGAGUUUGCACACUUUUUUUUAUGUGUACACAAACAUCAGCACGCUUCUUCAGCAGGACUUUCUCCUUUUCUGGAUCCUUAGGUGUUCAGAGAGGCAGAGUCCUCCAGAAGUGAAGAUAAGAGGAGGUAAUAAUGUAAACAAGCACCUUAGUUAUUAUUUAGCUCAUAUAUCUUCAUUUAACAGUCGAUCUAAAUCCAACAUUUGCACUUUUUAAAAUUAAAGAUAAGGUUCAAACAGUCAACGUCAUAUCAGAUUUUCUCUUUACGAUUAUUGUGGCUGUAAAAAUCAGGAUUAUUCUUGCAAUAUUUGUGGAAAACUUUUAAUCAAUUGAUUGAUUGAAGUUUAUUUUGAACAUAUAAAAAAGUCAAGAAAGUUAUCCAUGUUCAAAAAAGAGUCAAGACUUAUCUAGUCCCACCCCUUCUCCUACACUAAUGAUUUAUAUGUAUCGUAAUAUUAAAUAAUAAUAUUUAUCAUCAUCAUAAUAAUAACAAUAAAAGCCUUAAUGGGGCCUUAAUUAAAAUUAGAUUCUGGGCCUCUCUAUUUCUGCCAAUAAUACUGACUGUUGAUCAUUCACACACCUUCACAAAUCUCUUUGAUUAACAUUCCAUGACAUGCAAACAUACCUUAAUAUUUUUUAUUUAUUUAUUUAUUUUGAUUGCUCUUGGGGGCCCCCUGUUGGCCGCGCUUAUGCCUCGGAUCGGCUCUGAUCACCACAGUGAAAAUAACAAAACAAUAAUGAUAAUAAUAAUGAUGAUAAUGACAAUGAUAAUAGUAACUAAGAUUGUACGUCCCUGUUUCCUGUGAAAACAUAUUCUUUAUAUUUUGUUUUAAACUGUUAUUUUUUCAUAAACCGAACUAAUUAACACAAUUACCGCCCACAUCGUCAUCCAUUUCUGAUAUUAUUCAGAUUUAUUAGCGGCCCUGUGACCGAAACUCUGCAGGAGAAGAUAAAAUGAUUGUUUGUUAUGCCUUUAUUUUUCCUAUCUUGGGUUUUAAUUGCCUCAUUUCCUUUAUGCUACCUCCUUUAAAUUAAAAGUUACAGAAAUUAAUAGAAAUGGUGCGUCAGCUAGCUUACUGGCAGUCUGUCACGUCUUCUUCGUCACAAUGCCAAUUUACACCACCAAACACAUACUCAUUAUGAUUAUUGUGCAGCUUUGAUUCAUAGAUUCAUAAGACUAAUUGUUGCUCCUCUUGAAGCUCCCACUCUUGGACACCUCUUUUUCUAUCAUGCAUAUGCAGUUUAUCAACAUCAGCAUGUUUCUGCGCUGGUUUUCCCCCUCUUGGAAAGCUCUCAGCCUUUUGUUUCUCAAUCUUCCUCUCCCACUUUGGCUCCACGGCCUUAAUCAUAUCAGAGCCAGAUUGCGUAGGUCCAUCGUUUCUUUUUUUUUUUCUCGAUAUCUUUUUACAACCUCUCCCCGCACAGCUUCACGUUAAAACAGCAGCUGGAAUCCGUCCAUGACCAUCUGCUGCUGACUGCAAACCCGGCGCUGGUUCUUCUGACACCGAGAGGAGGAGAGCGGCGAGCUCAUGGGCUCUUAAAGCAGCUGCUGCUUCCAGAUUCUUAUCCUCGCACUAACAAACUGGAUGGACUGUUUUGGAAACACAGGGUUAGAGUUUCAUUGCUCUGCUGAAACUAUUUUAAUGAGAAAAUUAGAGGUGGAAUAAAAACAACGGUAGGUAGCUGCUAUCAAUCAUGCUCCCUCCUUUGCUUUCUUUCCCCUCUUGAGGGUUUUUUCACUCUUUUGUUUUAGCAACAAUGAAUCAGAGCAGAGGAAAGUUGAAGCAAUACGUUGAGUAAAAUAAUCACUUCAUGAGGAUAGACUCUGUCCUGCAGCCCCGUGAUAACACAAAGUGUGGAUGUAAUGCCAGCAGAGUGUGCCUGUGUGUGUUAUCUGCAGGCCCGCAGCAUGUUGACCCGUGCAGCUCCCACAGGUCACCGCAUACCGCGUGCAGCGAUAGCCACAUCCUGCGCAGGGGAUGUGCAUUGAUAACAUUCCACAAUCCUGCAGUUAAUUCCCUUUAAAUUUAUUUUUUACCUUCCAAUGUCUCGUGUAAAAACACAAGAGGGUGUGGGUGGGAUGGAAAAAGUCAACUUCUGCCACCCGACGGUGCAGAAACAAAAAUAGGUCUCAUAUUCAGGUACCGGAGCGGGUGAAUUCCUGCCAUUUAUUACCAUCUGGAUGUCACAAGAGUGGCUGGAAACACUCAGGUAGACUGUGUGUAGUUUUAAUAUUUAACACAAUGAUGGAGGACAGUUUUACUAUUAUUGUGAUUCAGUAAUUUUUCAACUUAUGUCUUCGAUAUGUUAGUUUGUUGCCUUUUGAAACAGGUGGGAACUUUUUCUCUUUUUGACUUUAACUGUGUUGCUACUUUCAAUGUUAUUUUAAUAUUUUGUAGGUAAUUUAACCUACAAUAUCUGCCGUUUACUCCACACAGAUUGAAGGAAGCGUAGUUAAAUGGUCACAGACCACAACCCUUAAGGGGACUAUUUCCUUUCCGCUUCGCUGCUGCGCUGCGUUUGCUUUCUUAGCACUAAAAGCCCAACUUUCCCUUCUAUCCGUUGUAACGGGAGAUGUUCCCAAGCUCCUAAUUUCCUGCUUGUUUUCACAGAAAUCCAACCAGCUAGUGUUAAGGUGAGAAAACACUUCAGGAACAGUCAAAAUCUAUCCAACUCAGGACUGCAUCGUCAAACUGUUUGCCAAUCAGUGAGAUUACAUCCAACUUCUUUAGUCCUCCUGCAGGUUAAUCCAGUUAUACGUUGCCGUGGCCAUUUAUUUCAUUAUUUUAUCUCAUACUUACAACUUAAACUCCAUUUUCUCGAUGGUUGUAAUGUGUCUGGUGAAGGUGGAGAAAACGGGCGUUUAUUAGCGACUUAGUAGUAACCCCAAAAUUCAGGCACAACCUAGACCAAAACGUCACUUACGAUAAUUCUCUCUCGGUUGGAUCGCGACAACAUCCAUGGGUAACAAAACAGAGAGGGGCACCGCCUUGUGGCACUAUUUGGUACUGCAGAAGCAUAACUCGAUUCUGGCUGUUAAGCUAAGAUACAAGAUUGAGUAACUCGAGUCUCCUGUUCAAUGCAGAUUGCACAAAAGGUUUUGUACUAUCCUGUCAUACGAAUAAGAGCAAAAACUGAUUAAAUACACAUAAUAUUAAGUGUGGUUUAGCGUGGGAGUGGAUUUCUUAGCUUUAGUUUUCCAGGGUAUUUUUCACUUGAUUUCAACGACCUUUCUUUAAACCUUUACAGGAAAAAAAGGUUGAAUCUUCUCUAAUUGAGUUAGUUACACAACUGAAAGUAUGUUGACAGCAGCUCCAGGAAUAAGUCAUUUUUACAGCAGUAACUCCAAGCAUGAUCUCAUAUCGUCUUUUUCUUGAGUUCUUCCAGGUUCAGGCGUCACAGAUUGAACAAUUCUUUAGAAAAACUACAAAUUAAUUUAAGAAAUAAUACAUUUUGGUCGCAUUCUUGUCUUAUUUAAUUCCUUCCCAUCAGCCACUGAGAGAGUCCUCCCCGUCUUCAGCAUUUCUCAUUUUGCAGAAUCCCCCGAGGGUCCUUGAAACUUCAGGAAUUCCUGGCUUAACUCGCGGUGACGUCCCUCCUUUUAGGGAAUGAAAGACAGGGUUGAGAGGGAGACUUUAGGGUCUUCUGCGCACAUCUGGAAGCAGAAAGUAUGGAUCAAGACCAAAAGGAGGGUGUGUUUCAUUACUGCAUGACAGCCAAGGUGUCGUCUCCGCGGUCUGGGCGGAGGUUGAACUCAAAUCUCUAGAGUUGGAGCUGACGUGUUUCCCCUUUUUGCAUGAUGUCAGAAGCCUCACAGCUAUCUGACAGUACAACACAUGUGCAGGGAGAGGAGGGGCUCCCUAAGGAGAAUCAGUGCAGCUGCUGUCCCCUGUUUGUACUCCGACUGCGCCCAUCUAGUCUGGUGCAUGUUUGCUUCCACUGUGAUUUUCCUUAAGGUCCCCACCCUGAGUUUGGGCGCUGGAAUCGAAGGUGCAAUGAAAGAUGGAUGAGAUGAUCGGGCUGAGAAUUAACAUCCUAACAGCCUAUCUUAAUAAAUGUAAACCCUUCAACCCCCUGAUUGUGUUUCUGUAGUUCUGGCUUUAGCCUCGGUUGGUUUUGAGAGCUCUGUACUCACUACAGUCGUGGUCAAAAGGAGAUUCCAGAGCAAAGCAGCAUCUUUAAAAGCAGGUCCAACAAAAACAAGAGCGGCAGACAAUCACAGAAUAAUAGUAGCAGAAGUUUUUGUGACCCUGGCCCGGCCAAAAUAACACAUGGGAAUUUAGCAGCUGUUCAGCAGCGGAGACGCUCAAACCAAGACGUGUGCAGCAGGAGUGGACCUAGAGCUAGGUUUCAAACUGAAUGUAACAGCACUUUCUCUGAUUUGUCAAGUGUUUCCCGACAAAAUAAAUGUUUCACACAAUGUAAGAAAAACUAGAAAAGAUGAUUAUUUUUCCCUCUGGGGCCCAGAAUGAAGACUUCAGUCAUGUUCAGCAAUGUGAAGUUUUCUGCAGAUGUGAAGCUCUUCCAAGUACCACCUCUUACUGCUGACCUGGUUGUUAAACUCAGCAAAAACUGGAGGGAGGGAGAAAAGCUUUAAAAAAGUGCUGCUACAGACACUGAUCUGCCUCUAUAUCUGGCAUACUUUGCAUUUUAGAACGGCAUAUUAGUUCCACAUGAAUAGGAUUUUAAGUGAUAAAAAUUGUCAUGCAAGUGACUCUAAUACAUCAAACUUUUGGUAAUCUUCAGCAUUGGUUUUUUUAUUAUCACACUGUCAUGGCUUAACCCUCGAAGACUAUCGCUAAAAUCAGUAACACCAUCACUAUCACCGGGUGAUUUUUACCUGAAAUAAUAUACCGAACACAAAGUACUUUUCAUCAAAAAAUAUCAAAAUAGGACAAUACAUGACAAAUUCAAGUAGUUUUCUUUUAUUUUUAACUGUGUAAUGUCCAAAGGGAGGGAGGAAAAGUGCCAUGAGGCAACAAAAUAACUGAAAUUAGGCAUUCAUGAAUAAAAAAAUCCUAAAAAUAUAUAUAAACUGUAAACUUAGUUUCUUUUCCACCCAUUCCUGGGGCACGUGACUCUUCCCUGGUGAAGACUCAGGGUCUUUGGCACAAUAACAGCUGCAGGAGAGAGAACCUAAACAUGGCAGAUUGUAAAUGUUCAUGUUUACAAGCUGCAGCAGAUGGCUGUUCACCAAAAGUUUGGUUCUGCUCGAGGUUUCUGCCUGUUGAAGGAAGAUUUUCCCAUCCUGUUAUAGACAAGUGCUCCCACAUGUUGGGCAUACAUGUUGAUACCCAUAAAUAAUGUUAGAUAAAGUGGUUGAGACCUGCUAGGUAACAUAUUCUAGAUAUUUGGGCUGUGCAAAUGUUAAAUUAUUGACUGGCUAAUGGACUGAUAAUGAUCUAUAUCUCAAUAACAAAGUCUUACAGAUGACUACUUAAAAAAAAGGACAUAUUUAUCAAAUCUUUCAUGCUUAACUCCCUCCAUCGUAGUUUCUCACAGCUCCUCGUUCCCCAGCUCUGUCAUUGGGUGUGUCUUUCAGCGGACGAGUGGGAGUUCGAAGGCUUUCCCCCUCGGUGACGAGGAGGGUUGACAGCAGGCUGUCUGAGAAGAACAGGACUAUGUGUAAAAUAACACGACUUUCAAAGCAUCUUCACUUCUCUGAAAUGAUGAUAAGACGGUCUCUCCCUGUGUCUUAUCAUCGUACUCCCCUGAGUUCACUUCAGACUGGAUGAAAUAACUCGAUCCAACACUCAACAGAGAGAUUACGCCUGAGAUGCAUCAGCGUCUGAGCUUUUAAUGUGUCUGAGAUGAGAUUUACUCGAGCAGUAAGAGAUGUAGUUUGGUGAAGGUCUGCCAACUUUAUAACAGCCUUUGUCAAUCCAAUCCUGUGUAUUUCUAAUGUAGUAAGUUGUGAAAUUCUCAACAGGCUUCCAGGAGAUUAGCAUCUCUUUAUUUACGAGCCUGAUAUCUGAUAUGUUUACAGUGUUCGGGCUGCUUCAAUUCCCCUGAUAUUUAAAGUUGGGAUAUGAAGAACAGCUUGGUUUGCUCGCUCGGUAGUUUCUGCAUUCCAGCAGCGUGUCAACAACACCACUUGUGGUCGUGUAAACCUUCACAGGCGAAGCAAAACAAUAGUUAGUGGCUUUAGGACUCGAAGCAUCAACCGACAUUUUUCAUCCCCUGAUGCAAUACCCCGCCUAAGACCCGCUUUUACGCUGCAGCAACCACAGGCGAAGAAAUGCCGCUUCGAACCUGACUCUCAGCUUUCUUGGCUCAUCUUGUUUCCUCUCUUUAAUUCGUGAUUUAGUUACUUACAUCUGGCACUGAAGCUACAUAACCACACACCACGUUUAAGACUGGAACACCCAGGCUGAGAGCUCGAAGGAGGACAGCCAGAGCAGGAAAUCCACAUGAUGUAGUUCAGUAAGAAGGACGGGAAAGAGGGAACUCAGAGGUUACGCUGACUGCAGCCUCGACCUUGUGCUCUCCUCACCUGUCAGAAAGUCUCCAGAGAGGGAGAGCUGUUGUGUUCAUAGACCGACCGGGAGUGUUAUGUAUGUUCCUCUGUGUUUGUGUUGAGUCUGGAGGUCCUUCGGCUUCGUGUUGGCGCUGAGGGGCCGCGCUGGAAACACACCGACAUUACUCACAUGGUCGUCUGAAGUGUCUUUAUCCAAACUGAUUGAGUGUUACUGUGUUUGAACUUUAGUUUCAGCCAACAUGUGCUCACAUUAACACGUUAGAGAGGAUUCAGUGACCUGUGAUCCUAAUCAUAAGAUACUACAACUUUUAACAUCACUUCUACCAGUGGUUGCAGCUUCUUUGCAAAAAUACCGUAAAACUUCUAAUAGAGGCCACUCCCAAUUAAAGACAGUGAUAAUUUUUGGGUGCACAUUUUGACAAAGAUAGGUCUCAAUUCGAAACCUUUACACACUGUUUUCUUGGUGUCUGUUCUAUAAAAAGCUGUUUUUUCUUUUGCUUUCGUACUUCAUAUUUAUUCAAUAAACUGAAACAAUGAAAACCAAAUAUUUACCAGACAGAGUUGAUUACAAUCCUGUCUCCAAUUGACAACCAUCCCAAAAAGCAGAGCAAGUUUAUUGGUUGAAGCGAAUAAAAGCCUGGGCUACCAAUUGUUCUCACCAGCUCUGCUGCUGUUGCCUGGAUUGCAGGACAGCAUCCUGUCCUGCUUUUUCAUAUCAGACAUGAUUGGAUCUCUUCUCUCUUUCAUGUGUCGUCAGUUAACACCAUUAUUUCUUGUCUCUCAGGAACAGACAAAAACUUACCAUAUUUUUCACACUAUAAGGCGCACCUGAUUAUAGUAACUUAUAAGUUAAGUUUGUGUCAACAGGCAGAGUUGAAAGAUGGUGGACUUUUUGCCACUAACUCGUUUGGUUAAGUAGUUUCGACCAAUUAGAACACAAAAGUUCAGCCAGGUAAUGACUGAGGGUUUUUUUAUUCUUUGAGCGAAGUAGAGGCGGUUCACCGUGCACAACCAGCUACCAUAAUAAGUGUUGUUCUAGUCUUCACGCAGCAUUUUUUCCUCAGUCAUUAAAAACGCUAAAAUCGGGAACAUUUCCGGGGGCAGCUUUAGCCAGGAACAGGUCAUCCAAAUCAGGGACUACCCCUUGGAAUCGUGGAUGUCUCGUCACCUCUCAUCCCAUAACUGCCACUCUGUAUUUAAGGUUUCGUACGAGCAUAACGCGAUUAAAAUAGAAAUAAAAGGGAGAAGUUUUAAAAAUAGGAAUCAAAACCCAAGUACCCUAAAACUUCUGUAUUCGUUCGAUUUAUCAAUCACCUCCAACAUAACCUCAAGCUGACACUGGUGGUCUCCUGAUCGCUGCUGUAAUCGAAGGACUUUGGGAUAAGACAUGUUAAAGUUUAAUGUUAGCAGUGUGCACAUGCAUCUGUAUUUAUGAGCAUUAUGGUAAAUGUGGAAAGUGUCUUUUCUUGAAACACAAGGACCCAUUCAUUUGAAUUAUUUAUACUUCCACAUAAAUUGGUCAAAGCGUUAAAACAUAUGUAAUGAAGCUUUUAAUAGAAUACAUUAAUAUCUAAGCGGUGAGUGACUUUUUGUCCUCAUAAAAUCUUAAUAUGCGCAGAGGUGCCGGAUUAAUUUAUUGGCGAAGAGGCUGAAUAUUUUCUCCGAACAUUACUGCUCUAUUAAAUAUAAAAAGUUUGUUGUGUAGGGAGCUGUCCUAUCAAUUAAAGGGGGAAAAAAACGCCCAAAAAAUAACCGUUAAAAAAAGAAGAAAAAGUCAUAAAAGCUUCAGCCAAAGUCAGUUAGCUGUAAAACGAAACAUUAGGAUCUACGUCCAACCAGACCUGUUAAAAAGGACGAGAUUUGACGCCACAAUCCAUGACAUAGAUCUGGACUCAUUAGGCUGCUAUCAUGGUGGGCGCUCGCCAGCUGGAUGACUGUACCUUUUGUUGGGGUGCUAACAAUCCUGCUUAAUUCAGAGUGUGUUUGAGUCAGACAUGUUUAUAGGAUUGCAAAUUUGAGGUAAAUAUCCACAGCGGUGCAGCAAACACAUUUUUCUCUGAUUGCAGCAUAGUUUUGGUUAGGUUCGAGCUGUUUACACACUUUAUUGGUUUGUUUCCAGGAGGGGGAAAGUGGCGUUGGAUAAAUUAGAUUACCCUGCUGCUGUCUGUGUUAGCCUCGUAUUUAUACUAUGGAUCAGGUUUAGUUUGGCAGCUGGUGAUGCUGCUUUGGAUUCCUAGCUUUGGUUUUGCAGCAUUAAAAUGAAGUCCAGCUUUAAUGCCUGCCCUAUAAAAAGAUAGUCUACUAGAUAAACUGGAUUAACGGGUAUUUGCGAGUCAUGAUAUAAAUCUGAUGUUGGAUUUUUAAUGGUAGCCCGAGAAGGUUAAUCAUCCAUCCACCUUGGAAAACCUCAAAUGAACCCAGAGAUGUUUUCCUUCUUUUCCUAACCGUCUUAUGCCUGAAAGGUUUUAGCACCACCCAGCUUAAUCCCAAGGUUAUUACAGAAACAUGAUCGCCGCCACAGGAGGGACGUGAAGUCAGGAGGCAGCGACCUUUUGACCGGGCUGUUUGUGUGCACAGGUUACAGACAGGGAGACUUCCCCCCAUCUGCGACUACUUAUUAAUAAAGACCACUGAGAACGGUUGAGCGUCUUUGUGUCGGUCGUGAGGUCGGGUUCACCUGGCCAAGCUUUUGAAAACAAACCUCACGCCCUGACCCGAAUGGAACGAAUAUUCCACCGGGCGUGUGCUGGAAACUUGAUCCCAAAAUACUCCACAUCUUUACCGUCCCUUUGUGGAUCUCUGCUUUUCUUUUGUUAAACUCUGUCUCCUAAAGUGACCCCUCAGUUUGAGGUAAAGACCAAGGUCACAUUACUGUCUGGUCAGGGUCAAGUUAGGGUUAGGGUGUAGUUAAGAACUUUCCCCAAGAACUGUUUGCUCUUUGAUUGCAGCAAUUGUUGAAACCACUAAAAAGGUAGUACUUCCCAAAGAUAUGGGAACUUUGAGAGGGGGGCUUGAAGAGGAUCUUUGAGAAACUGGUUCUUCAUUUCCAGAACCAGGGAGGAACAGUCUUUGAAAUGAUGUUGUUUCCCUCAAAACUACUGUCUUAUGAAUUCCUGCUCACACAAAUGAUUCAGAUUAGCAUUCACCCGACAAAUCAAUACUCUAGAUCUAGACUCAGGCCGUUUUUACAUUAUUUAAAGGGAUAUUUCGGUGUAAAAUUAUUUAGGGUCAAACACACCGUAACACCGAGUUAGACACCCCAACGAGAGAUGAAUGUUGCUGAUUGCUUCCUUUUCUAGUUAUACCAACCUUAGUAACGGCCGCACGAUAGCAAUACACAGCGGUUUGAGGAGUCAUAAACAAACCUCAACCAAAACGCCACUCUAUAGCCACAAAUAAUGCUCAGAACAGCACCUAACUUCAUCAACAGGACAUAUAGGGUCCAAGCCAUAGUACUAGCCACCAAACAUCUUUUUAAAUUAGCCUUAUUUCAUUAACAAAGAGACUAAACACAACUCACCUACUCUCUUACAGCAGCCACUUGUUUGUAGCGAGACCUCGGGCCAGUCCAUUACGGACCACAGCGGGGUGACGCAGCUCAAGGAAGAACAUUUAUGAUCAUUUCUUCAUGGAAGUUCAAUCAGACCGAGACGCUAAGGCAGAAGAACUACUGUGUCUGCAGUGCAAAAUGGUUAAUAUGAUGAUUCUUACUUUAAGAAAAUGAUAAAGAAAUUCUCAUAAAUGUUCUUCCUUGAGCUGCGUCACCCCGCUGUGGUCCGUAAUAGACUGGCCCGAGGUCUCGCUACAAACAAGUGGCUGAUGUAAGAGAGUAGGUGAGUUGUGUUUAAUCUCUUUGCUAAAGAAAUUAGGCAAUACUAGAAAGAUGUUUGGUGGCUAGUGCUGUGGCUAGGUCCCUAUAUGUAGGUUUGUUUAUGACUCCUCAGACCGCUGUGUAUUGCUAUCGUGCGGUCGUUAUGAAAGUUGGUGUAACUAGAGAAGCAAGCGGUCGGCAACAUUCAUCUCUGGAGUGUUAUCGUGUGUUUGACCCUGAAUUAAUUUUACCUCGGGAUGUCCCUAUAAGCGCAGUCCUGUUAUUUUUUCAAGCAUGGGGCUAGCAGGUUGCUAAAAUUACGUGAAAUGAGUCUGAUUAUGUCCCAAACCUUGAAUCCUGUGUGCAUUAAAAGCAUUAAGUCAACAUCUUUAACUGUUUCAUGUUGUGUUUUUUGGCAGAUGGUGUAAAGUGUCAAGAUCCUACAGAUGCACCUGCAAGCGAUGCUCCAGGUAAGAGCUUUGAUCAGACUUUAGUACCAGAUUUAGGUUUUUACAGUGAUAUCGCUAUUCAUGCACUUUUGAUUUGAAGAUAUUUGUAAUUAUCAGAUUAUAUUUCUAAAUAUACUGCAAACUCUACCUUGAAGUAAACAUUUUAAUAGCCGCCAUUAAAGCGAGUGUCUGAAACUAGCUAAAGUAAACAGCCAUACACUUCCUAGCUAGCAUAAUUGUCGAUACUGUUACACAAAAUUAUAGGUAAGGCAGAAAAUUUUAGCAAACAGUAACAUUAGCGUACCAAUGGUUAGUGAAUUUUUCCAUGUUUAAAACUCAAAUGAAAUAAUUGAUGAUUUUGAAGCCGCUAAUAAACAUGGCAGCUAACAUUUGCCUGAGUAAAAUAGCCUUGCCCCUGUUUUUCUGUUUUAGCAACGGACGGCUCAGCUGCCAGCGCAGCUCCAGACGCCUCAGCCGCUCCAGAUGCAGGUGCCGCCCCGACUGAUGCUGGAGAUGCUGGUCCUGCGGCCUCUGUUAUCCCUGAAGACGCGUUUGCAACCGUUAUAAGUCUUAUAAUGGAUUUGGAUAAAGGCGCCUCUGUGACCGACGCCCCUAAUGUUGACAACAAAGUCCCGACUGCUGCAGCUACAGAGCAGCCUAAAAUUAUAAAAGCAGUUGUGGUGAGUCUCUUUACAGUGUUCAGAUGGCGUAUCUCUUCUUCCUGACUUUUCAACAUCUGGGAGCCAUCAGCAUAAAACAACACCACUCAAAUAAAGACUAAACAUGUCAGAUUUUAUGCUGCCUAACAUUUGAACAGAUGUCUCUGUACGAAGCGUGUGUGUGUGUGUACCUUUGACUGAUGUUGUGGUUACCUUUCUUUUAUGUCCCUGCAGCCUGAUGUGAAGUGUGUUGGAAAGGAGGACAUCUCAGAAAGUGCCGUCAAGCUUUCAGUGGAAACGACUGACUGUGUGAGUAAGAAUUUAACCCUGUAUGACUGUCAGGGUAGAUAGGUCCUGCCUCUGAUUGGCUGAAAUGCUGGGCUCCCAUUGGUUAUUCCUUAUAGCUGUGAAGCGUCAUCGUCUGUACAGGGCCGACAGCCUGCGCUCGGCCUGAGCAUGUGAUGACAUUUCACAGCCAAUCAGAGGCGAAGGAGGCGGGACAUUCUCCUACCUUCCUUCGAAAAAAAAUAUUGCUACCUGGACUGAUACCUGGUUAUGCAUCAUUUAGAAAACAGUGAAACUAAAGUGAAGGCUGAAUACUAUUUCAGUAGUGUCUUAUUUCACCAUAAUGUGGAAACUUAUUUCACACAUUUGUGCCUGAAGGUAAAUAUUGGAGGCAAAACUCAUCAGUCUGCAAACAACAGAGUAGAAAAGAAGGGAAGCUGCAGUCAAAAAGCUUUUGUUUUUAUAAAGAAGAGCUUUUCUUUGAAUAAAAAACUCUCCAAAUUGAACGUUUUUCCCUGUAAAUCCAAGUUUUUUUGCAAAUCGAAAAGUUUGUGCACUUUAGAAUUCGAAUAUUUUGUGUGCAGAACAAUUACCGUAAAACCUGGAAUAUGAGUUAUCCCUGUGUAUGAGAUACAACUUGUUUUAGUUGGCCUCCCAGAAUAAAAAUCUGGGUGUCUGUGUGCAGAUUUGCAUUGUAUUCAGCAAUGUGCAGUUUCCAUGACGAUGUGAAGCUUUUGCAGGUUUAAUUAGUUAGCCUACUGUGGCGCUGAGAGGUGCAUUCAGACCUCAAAUUUGGGGUAUUACUAUAUCAUAAAGUAUGACUGCAGAUCUACAUCCUUUCUUCACAUAUUUAUUUGUUAUUUUUUAAUGAAUCUGACAUUUUUUCCCUUUCAAAUUAAGAGUUUAAUAGCAUUUUAAUCCAAAUAAGAUGCAUUUGUACGGUAUGUCCCUGGGAUGUAACUUACAACUUCCAGCACUGGUCCCAUACGAGAAAAAACAACUUUAUUUGCAACAAAAAAAAAAAAUUCUCAUCAACAAAUUUGCUCCAGCUGCAGAGAGAGAAGUUUUGCUUUAAAAACUAUUCUGUUUGAUCGAGUAAUGAAGACAGAAAAGAGACACAAGAGGUCCAGAAAAAGUGGCUUACUCUGCUGGAAAAGAAAAGACGAAUGUGUUUUAUAGAGCUACAGUUGGAAACAUGGACUCGAUAAAGGCGGAUCUUUUCUCAGACAUUCCUCAGCCGCUGUAAAUCAUGAGGCUGUGUUUGUGGCGGGAGACAAAUGAAGAGGAGGGCUGAUGUUUCCUCUCUGACUUUAGUGUCUGCAGGACAAAAGGAGGAGUAGUGAGGGUGUGGAUGCACAUGGAUGUGUUUUUCAUGUGUUUAACUCACAACAAAAUACUCCAAACUUUACAUAACAUCAAUUUCUAAAACCGCUCGUGCCUCCAGCUCAUCAAAUACUAAAUGUUUAAAUUGUGCAGUAUGCUAGUCCAGGUGCACUGAGAGGAAGCAGCAGGUCAAAUCCCGGUCCAAAUACUCCACUGAGCCUCUAUACGGGUUGUUACUGUAUCAUCAAGAGAGCCAACGCCAUCUGCAGAAGUCAUCUAUCCAACUCAACCUGAAACUAGUACUACAGCGCCAGAAUACUUGGUUUAAAAUACAUGUCGACAAGAAGAUUUAGCAAAAGAAAGAGAAGGAAUAAGAAGAUUAUUCUCUUCGGGAGAGAGGGAGUGAAAGUCCUGAAUCACUGGAAGAAGUGUAAUAAAACAAAGAUGCUCUGAAGUAGUGGAAAACAAAAAGAGGUUUGCUUAAUACUCCUGCAAAUCCCCAGCCGUCAGUGAUUAUGUAAGUCACUGUCUAAUAUGACAGAAAAUAAAAAACAUGCUUCGCUCUCUCUCCUUUUUUUUUUUUGCGCAUUAUUCCAUUAUCAAAUUAAAUCUUAGUUUUUUUAUUACAUGUUUUAACUCAUCUGAACUCCAACUAUAAGGCUGCAUAAGGUGACACAAAGCCAAGUCUGAGACAAUGCCGAAUUCCUGAGAUUAACAUGUUAUGGGUCACCAGUGACAUGCAAACAGAUGGAGAGGGGAAGAGGCUCCAGUGGGGUGAUUCUGCCGGAGAUUCUUCCUCCCCACCUCAAAUAUUUGGAUGUUAAAGCAGAGUCCAGCUGUGGGCCCACUCCCUACUAACUUAGGAUUCGGGGGUUUUGCUCUUAGUGGUCUUCUGGGAACACUGAGAGCUGUCUGGAUCACAUUACACGAAAUGAAAACAGUGUUCCCAAAGUCUCUGAGCUUCAAAUUGUGCAAUGAGGUGAUAUCAUAGUUCAGGGCUAAGGUGGGAAAAAAGAAGGUGUGGUCAGCGAGUUUUCCAUCCAACUUGCGUUUUGUCUCCAUUACGCACACGAGGCCUUGCAGCGCUGAUGACAAGUGAGGUAAAACUCAGGCAGACAUCUUAGUUUGAUCACCCAGAAGAGGUGAAAACAGAUUUGCAGUUCCUCUGUGAAACGUGAUUUUUGUCCAGGCUUGUCCAGAGCGUAUUUAAAAGAUUGUCAGCAAAAGUAUGAGAUUUACAUCCCUCGCUCUUCUUCUUCUACAGGAAGCAACAAAACGCAUCAUCCAGGACAAUCCUGCCGGCUGGUGCAACAAAGAAAACUGUAAUCUAGAAAUCACCCAAGACGGCAAAACACUGAAAGCGACGAGUGACGACGGUGCGUGUUUGUUUCUUUUCUUUUGGGUUUCAGUGAAAACCAUUACUUGUACCUGAUGAAGUGAAAUAAUUGGUACUUUUCCAACAUUUGUCGCCCCUGCAGCCAAGUUGAGUACCUUGGCUGAUGUGUUCCAGAGCGCCGCAUUGAAAGAAAAGGUACUAGAGAUUUAACGGUUGUUUGCUUGAAUAUAAUCAUGUUGUGGUUGAAUUACUACGAAAAAAACAGGAAGUACUACCUUCAUUUUAAGACCUGCAACCUUGAAUCCAAUGUCCUGAACUCGCUCUACAGUUAAUAAAACUUGUUUAUAGCACAGUGUGUACUUAAUACUGUUGGUACCAUUAUGUUUUGGCUGUCCAUUUGGAAAAAUAGAAAAGUGAACAGAAAAUGAUGAAAUGUCUGCAACCAAAACGAUCAAACUGCAACUUUUAUGGUCACAAAGGAAAAAAAGAAAACUCUUAAAUCUUUUAUUCAAAGGUAUAGUUUAGUAUUUAGCUGAACAGAUUUGGUAGAAAUAAAGUAAAUAUUCAUAAGUACAGCAAGGGAGCACCUCAGUCAACUGGUAAAUAUUCAAAUUUUACAUACUGUACCUUUAAGAUCCUGAGACGUCAUUUACUCUCAAUUCAUGAGCAUCUGUUAAACUAUGGGAAAGUUUUAUUCACAAUUUACCAGACAGAUGUCAGCAGGAUGAGAUUUUCUAUCAGAAGCAUGUAAAGGACAAGAUAAGCAAAAACUGCUUUGUCCACAGGGGGCGCCAAAAUUGACACAAACUAAAGUUCCUCACAGGAGCUUUAAGUUAUCAAGGUAAAAUUCAGAUAUAAUGAUGUACCUCGCCUCUUGAGACUCUUGCUGCGUCCGAGUUACCUCGAUAGUCAGAUGUCCGAGUUAAUAGCGUUUCAGUUACCAAGUCCGACGAAAGUAAAAUCGGCUCCAGAAACAAGAUGGCUACAUCUACGAAAGUUAUCUUAGCACUUGCCUUGUCCUUGCUUAUAUUCGGACAAGGAAAGCGCUAAAUUAACUUUUGUAGAUGUAGCCAUCUUGUUUCCACCUCCGAUUUUGCUUUCGUCGGACUUAGCGCUGGCAACACGGGUGUGAUGUCUUUCCCAGCUCAGACUUCUGACUUCCAAGUUACUUGAACGCAUCAUCAACUCCACCCCCUCCAAUGGGAUGAAGUUUAAACUACGGAAGGAACUGUGUGAAAAAACAACCACGAAAAGUUUAGGGUCUCACAGUUUUGAAAUUUUGUGGACUUUUGGAGUAAAAAUGCUCAGACUUUUUCUCGUGCCCACGCCUUAAAAUUUCAUCUCUUGUUCUUGCAGCUGGGCGUGACAAACGUUGAGACCCCGUCCUCAUCAGGUUCCUCUGUCCUGGCGGGAAUCCUGGUCAGCGGUCUGCUUGCCGCCAUCGGAAUCACCAUCGGCUACUUCAAAUGUCAGCGCAGGGGUGACUCCAAGGCAGUGAAGCUGGUGAGAAAAUCCUCUGUACUGUAAUAAACUGUGUGUUUCCUCAGCAGACCCCACUCACCGACUCUCUGGUUCACGUGUCAAUGCUAAAUCUACAGGAAUUAGAUUAUUUAUGAAGUGACUAGUUUUACUUUUCUGUUGUUUCAUUUUGAAACCAAUGAGAGCGGCCUACCUCACGACCUGAAGGCGUUUUAUCAUGCAUGUGUAAUUGUUUCGCCCUGUGUUUGGAGGUUUCUGCAAUCACAUCUCCCAUUAGAGACUCGGUAACACCAUGCAUACCCUUACUCGGGCAAGGUUCAUGUUUUACUACAUCUGAAAUCAAAACAGCACUGUUUCCUUCCCUUGGAGUGGAGUGCCGCCAAGGUUUUAAUUAGGGGAGCGCUGCUGGCCGGCUAUCACAGAAAAUACAGAGAGUGAGAGAGAGAGUGAGAGAGUGUGUUAUCCAGAGACCCACGCCCUGCUCUGUGCUGCCUUCAUCCUCUGCUGAGCUCACCGUUUCAUCUAGCAGCCAGACACAGCUGUAGUGCAACAUACAAACCACAUUAGAGGACGUGUUUGUGUAAAAUAGUACGAGAGUGGAUACAAUAGUGUGCAUGUGGCUUUAUUUAUGUGCUUCUUUUGGACAUGCAGCACAGGUAUCAGUUUCAUUUUCCUCCUGAUGCAAUGAAAUUGAGUAUUGAGCCGUACAUUUAUAACACUGUUGGUACAUUCUGGGUUUUAUAAAAGCUGAUGAAGUUGUGCUGCUGAGCCUCAUGCAUAAAUGUACACAUCUGUGUUUGUUUGGAAAGUCCCAGAUUUUUUCCCAUGCAGAGGAUUGUUGCAGAGGGCAUACCUCAGUCCAUGCAACAACAAAGUUUAUACAGUGAGCUCUGUGUGUGUUUUCUGUAGUUGAGGGGCUCAGUGGAAGGAGGUUGAGCUUGGUGCAUUUAAAGGGAUAUUCUGGCGUAAAAUUGAGGUAGGGUCAAACACACCAUGGCACAGAGUUAGACACCCCCUCCAGAGAUGAUUGUUGCCGACCGCUUGCUUCUCUAGUUAUACCAACUUUAGUAACGACCGCAUGAUAGCAAUACACAGCGGUCUGAGGAGCCAUAAACAAACCUCAACCAAAACGCCACUCUAUAGCCACAAAUAAUGCUCAGAACAGCCCCUAACUUCAUCAUCAGGACAUGUAGGGUCCCAGCCAUAGUACUAGCAACCAAACAUCUUUUUAGCUUUGCCUAAUUUCUUUAGCAAAGAGACUAAACACAACUCACCUACUCUCUUCCAGCAACUGCUUGUUUGUAGCGAGACCUCAGGCCAGUCUAUUACGGACUGCUGCGGGGUGUCGCAGCUCAAGGAAGAACAUUUAUGAUAAUUUCUUCAAGUAAAUGCAAUCAGACCGAGACGCUAAGGCAGAAGAACUACUGUGUCUGCAGUGCAAAAUGAUUAUUACGUGAUUGUUACUUCCAGGGAAUGAUAAAGUAAUGAUCAUAAAUGUUCUUCCUUGAGCUGUGUCACCCCACAGCAGUUAGUAAUAGACUGGCCUGAGGUCUUGCUACAAACAAGCGGCUGCUGGAAGAGAGUAGGUGAGUUGUGUUUAGUCUCUUUGCUAAAUUGGGCAAAGUUAAAAAGAUGUUUGGUGGCUAGUGCUAUGGCUGGGACCCUAUAUGUCCUGUUGAUGAAGUUAGGUGCUGUUCUGAGCAUUAUUUGUGUCUAUAGAGUGGCGUUUUGGUUGAGGUUUGUUUAUGGCUCCACAGACUGCUGUGUAUUGCUAUCGUGCGGUCGUUACUAAAGUUGGUAUAAGUAGAGAAGCAAGCGAACGGCAACAUUCAUCUCUUGAGGGGGUGUCUACCUCAGUGUUAUGGUGUGUUUGACCCUUAUUAAUUUUACACCGAAAUAUCCCUUUAAUAAAAAAGUCUUGCUAUGUAAAUAGAAACAACACUUCCUUUAGGCACUCUUGGCUCUUAAAGGGAAUGAGAUGUUUUGUUUGUUUUGAUUUAUUUUAUACUCCAAGCACAGCUUUUGAAUAACUAAGAGACUUUAGGCUCAUUUAUGCUUCAUCUUAGAUACACACACAUAUGGACUCUUGCAUGUGUAAUCUCGAGUUUGAGGAAACUCCCGCUUAGAUUUAAAUCAUGACCUGAUCCAUGCUCUGUAAUUAAGAAGUAGUCGUCAUGAUUUAGAGGCUUGUGCGGCCGUGUUACAUAAACUUUCAUCGCUGACAGAUUCAUAUCUGCUGUGUUUGCAGUCCGAGGAGGCCUAUCCAGCGGAUCAGGAGAACCAGGGGAACACUCUCGUAUCUGUGGCCCCCCUCAACCCCCCUCCAGAAACCCCGGAGAAACCCAGCGUGAACGGCGAGUCCCCUGAGGCAGCUAAGACCGAGCCUGCUCCCCCUCCCACCAACGGCACCUCCACCGCCAAGACAGCAGACACCGAGCUGUGA